GUCAAAUUAUCAGCAAAGGGAUUCCCUGAAACUGGGCUGAAUAACACUCAGUCUUGUUGUUGUGGAGAUAAAAACAAGAUCACAUCUGUGAGGUUCAGAUGGGGUAAAUUCCUAGCAGCACUAAAGGCUCGCACAUUCACAUUCACUUUGAAACAGGAGCUGAUUGAUGUGUAUUGUCGCUGUAACUCAACAGCCUAAACCGUAGCCCUUCCCUCGCCUGUUUUUCAGCACCACAGCUCUUUCUUCUCCCCUUCCCAUCCGGUUUUCCCCGGUUUCAUCCACCUCCUCUCCGUUCUUGGAAUAUUUUAUGUAAAAACGCGUCAGCUGAGCGGCAGGUGGGGGCGUUCCUGAAUAUAUUAUGCAAAUGAGGCCCCUCUCAGCCAAUCAGGAGGCGGCCUCGCGCUGUGUCGCUGGAUAAAUUAUGCGGGCUGGUCCUCGGCUGCAGAUUUUUGUGUAGAGCCGAGAUGAGCUGACCUUGGAUUGUAUUCGUACCGCUGCGGUCGGUGCACGGGCUCUAACGGGUAGACUAUAGGAUAGUGUGGAUGUGUCUCGCGGAGCUGGUCGCGAGGAGGUCGAGUCGGGACACGGGGCUGUUUGUUAGCGGACUGUAAAAACAUGACCAGCAUGAAUACGCCGUGCUACACUGUGGCCAUGGAUCUAGGCGUCUGCCAGCUGAGAAAUUUCUCUAUAUCGUUCCUGUCGUCGUUACUGAGCGCGGAGAGCUCGCACGUCAAGCUUGACAAUAGUUCGUCAGGAGCCAGCGUUGUGGCCAUAGACAACAAGAUUGAACAAGCAAUGGACCUGGUGAAGAGUCACCUGAUGUACGCCGUGCGUGAGGAGGUGGAGGUCCUAAAGGAGCAGAUCAAGGAGCUGAUUGACCGUAACUCCCAGUUGGAGCAGGAAAACACCCUGUUGAAGACGCUGGCCAGCCCAGAGCAGAUGGCCCAGUUCCAGGCCCAGGUUCAGACCGGCUCCCCACCUGCCCCUCCAACAGCUGCCACACCGGGACCCCCGAGCGCCGCUGCCCUCGCCCAACCCACCUCGCACAGCUCUGGCCCCUCGGCGUAGCCUGGUCUGCACUGACAGACAGACAGACAGACAGACAGACUGACUUUUUGGUUCUGCUGCAGCAGCAGAGCUAAACCUUGCCUUCUACAGCAGGAGGUUACGCUGUUAAGACAAGAAUUUGCACAUAUUUAUCUCUCAGAAGGAUGCAGCUAGCGGGACGAGCAGUGCGCUGCUUUACAGCACAGUGGUGGAGGGUGACAAUCUUGACAUGCUGUAAAGGGGGGGAUUGGUUUCAGCGGAGGAUUGAAUCAUCGAACAUUUGCCAAAUAACCCUUGGACAUAUCAACUAGAAUGUCUUACCAAGAAGAAACAAAACAGCUUAUCAGUGGCGACAAUAUACUUAGCUAUAGAUUAAAAACAAAAAAAAUCACUGUGCCUGUGUCUGGAUUUUAAGUGAUGUCGAUUUUACUGAUGAUGACGGUGGGAGAGCAGGAGGUGGAGGAUUGUAUUGGUUGUUACCUUUUCUUGCUGAAUGAUGUAAAUAAAAGCGGUUCUCUCUCAAGGGUAGAUCCUAGCGUUACAGGCUGAGAGAUUUGAGAGAGAGGAAAAAGCCUUCUCAGAGUGACAAAUGAAGAAUGUGAGCAAUUAUUAUGACAGAGUCCCCAUCUGGAAUGGGGGAGUUGGGGGCGGGCUGGGGAGGGGGCGGGUGGGUAUUCUUGAACAACACUUGGCAGCAUUGAUGACGUUACUUCAACUGUGGGUUGGUGGGAUGAACAAAACUUGGUUUCUUAUGGAGAUGAUGAUAUUCUAUUUCAGUAUUUCACUUUCAAGCUCCUCAUUUUGCCCUCGAUAAAGCUCAUCAUUGCUGUUCUCUCAACCCUGCAGUGGCAUGUAAUUUAAACCUUAUUUGACAGGGUUGAGACAUUGGGCUAAGCUGCAUUUUCUUUUUUUUCCUAAAAAGUUUGAUGGGCAGAAGAUGAUGAUGUAUAUUUCUGUAUAGUGUAAGUACCAUGUAAAAUAGUGAGGAGAAAGGAGAAAAACAACAGAGGCUAUCUUGGCCACACAGAUUGAAGCGGGUGAGCGGGGAACGUGCUGGUCUUGCCCAGUCUGUGUCGUCUAUUUUUAAUGCUGUAUUUUCAAGACUGUGGAGGAACGGGAGUUUAGGUUAUUUAACUGACAACACACAGACAACAACGGUGUCCAUAUCCCUUACUGCUACAUUAACUCUUACUGUAAAAUCAUUUUCACUUGGUUCCUUUUCUUUCUGGAGUAUUGCACCUUUAUCAUUUUUUUUUUAUUUGACAGUGAAGUACUUUUGGAUGAACAAUAUCUUAAAACUCAACAUUUAAAAAAAGACAAAAACAAACUCUAGAGAUGUUUUUUCUUUCUUUUUCAUUCUGUGUAUCAGUUGUAUGCUCAUGUUCUGUGCAUGUUUCUGCAAGGACCGGUUGAGAUAUUGUAACAUACAUACCACAAUUGCACUUGACAGCUGCACUUCACAACUUUUAAUAAACAUGCUUAAGGAAGAAUAA